AUGGAAGUGAUCGGUACUGUCUUGGGCCUUCUCCCGUUGGCAUGUGAGCUCAUGAAAUCCGCUCAACAUCUUCGUGUUCGACUGGAAGCUGAGCACAAGAAUUAUCUUCGCUCAUUGAGAGAACUCAAUCAUGCUCUCCGCAUUGCCCGUACACAGAUCUCCAAGGAGAACAGAAUGAUUUCCUGUGACGUGGGGAAAGCCGUCGAUCUCGCCAAUGAGACAUCGUCCAAAGAGUCGCUCAGUUUUUGCCUUGAUCAAGCUAUAAUUUCGUUGGAAGAAGCAGCAUCUUUAAAAACUUUUCGACAAAGCCUCGAGUCCGAGCCGGCUAACACUGACACCGAGAAAUGGGAUAGGAUUUGGAGGAAGCUUUUUCCUGCAACUUCGGUGAAUAGAUUCGACCUCACUAAAAUAGUCGACCCUCCAUUUUACGAUUUCGGAGACUCUCCCCGGUCCAUCUUUGACGAAGCGGAGCCUAUCAAGUCCGGAGGAUGGUCGGAAGUAUCUCGAGUCAAAAUCCACCUGGAUCGUAUGCAUGGCUAUGGAGAUGGAGAGGGCGGAAAAGCUACGUUCGCUGUAAAGAAGAUAUACAGUGGAACUUAUCAGCAGUACGCACGCGAGCGAGACGCUUUGCGAAGACUGAGUCUUGCACAAAGCCCGCAUCCUCACAUUGUCCCCCUUCUCGCUUCCUACCGAGUGGAAAACAAGUACCACCUGGUCUUUCCGUCGGCUGAUUGCGAUCUCGCCAUGUUUUGGCGAAACCAGCCCAGACCAUCCAUCGACAAAUGCACCCUUGAGUGGUUUGGUGGUCAAAUGAGAGGACUUGCAGAUGCUCUAUAUACUAUCCAUGGGGGAAACGACCAAGAGAGAAAAUUGUCUGGGGUUCAUGGUGAUAUUAAGCCAGAGAACAUCUUGUGCUUCGGCUCCAAUGACAGUGAAAGAUGGCCAGUGUUCGCGAUUACGGACUUUGGAUCUUCAUACUUCCUGACACCCGAAGAGAAAGAUAUUCCCAAGGGCCUCAAACACACGCCAGCCUAUCGCGCCCCAGAGAUCGACACCACAACUUUGGGCGGUAUUACACAGGCCUACGAUGUCUGGAGUCUUGGCUGUAUCUUUGCAGAAGCCAUCGCUUGGUUCUAUAAUGGCAAAGCCGGAAUUAAGAAGCUGAUUCUAGCUCGGAUCGACGAAGAAGACAACAGCCCCAAUCGAGAUGCCUUCUUCCAGUUGCAAUACGAUAAGCGGAAUGGCCUCACGGCAAAGCUCAAGCCUGGGGUGCAUAGACUACUCAUAUCCCUUCGUGAGAACUCUCGGUCGUCCUUCUUCAUUGAUGAUAUGCUCUAUAUAGUCCUCGAAGGGAUGCUAAAAGUCAACAUGAGCGAGAGAAUGUCAGCUCGAGAGGUCCUAGACGCCUUGACACAAAUGUGCAACAAGUUGGAAAGUGAUCCAGCUUAUUCUGAGCCUCGUGGCACUAUUGAUGUGGAUGUGGAAAUGGUCCACACUCAGAAUGUCAGUCAACGAAGGCUCGAUAACACGGUCGAUGCGAAUUAUUAUACCAACACCACGACCCAAAGUCUCAGUGACGCGGCGGCUGUGAAGGCCCAGGAUGGAUGGACGGAACACCUCUUCCGCUGCCAUCUCCAGAAGAAGCACAAAGGCAAACAUACCUGCCGACGAUGUGACACCAGCUUCGAAACAGACGAGCUCCUUCUGGAUCAUCAGCAUCAAGAGACCCCAUGUCCCAAGAGGAAAUCAGAAGCGGUGUAUGGCAUGCUGAGUAGAGAGCAAGCCGCUCGACUACGUUCCCUCAAAAGGAAGUCAUCGAAAGAGAGUGAGGAGGACCGAUGGUUCGAUAUCUACCGGAUCGUAUUUCCAAACUUCAAUCGAAUGCUGGAGAAUAUCUCACCAUAUCACGAAUCCAACAACACCUCCCUCAGUACCAUAAACUCAACAACCUCGAACGGAAUAUCCCAGUACAAAGACUAUCUGCGCAAUCGUGAUGCUGAGGAGUAUGCCGCGAAAUUAGCCGAAAAUGGCAUCAUCAUCACUCUCGAUGCAGCUUCCAAGCUUCUUGAGCUGCAAGUCAAGGAACUUGGGACCUUUGACGAGACGAUGCGAGGACCUGUUCGAGCCUACGAGAUUCCGAUCGAUGCAGGUCAUGAGAAGACCGGAGGCAAUGCCCCCUCCGAUCUCAGUAGUUCAUCUAACCUCAUGGGCCAACUCCACCUUCUAGAAAGAUUUGGGGAUGACUAG